AUGAACCCAGUCAAUACAAAGCCUUAUACCUUGCCUGCUGACGCAACCUGGUUAAUUACUGGUUGUUCCUCUGGCAUCGGCAAGGCUUUGGCAUCCUUGGUCGCAGGCAAGCAAUCCCAUCGUCUCAUUGCCACGGCCCGCAAGCCCGCCGAUCUGGCAUACCUGCCUGAUGAUGAACCCAACAUCCUCAAACUUGCCCUGGACGUGACUUCCCCCAAUUCCGUCAACGAUGCUUUUGAAGCCGCCGAAAAACAUUUCGGGGAAGGCUUUCAUCUCGAUGUAGUCGUCAAUAGUGCCGGUUAUUCCUUGUCCGGGGACACGGAGUCGGCGACGGAGGAAGAGACCCACCAAGAGAUGGAGACCUUGUUCUUCGGGACCGCCCGAGUGACAACUGGGGCUAUCGGCAUCAUGCGCCAGCAUCCCGAGCACCGAGGUGGUGUCAUCUUCAACAUUUCUUCCUUGGCUGGGCAGCUCGGCCUUGCAGGUCACGCUUACUACCAUGCCGGGAAAUGGGCCGUGGAAGGUUGGACGGAGUCUGUAGCACGAGAGAUGCAUCCUGACUGGAACAUCAAUUUCUGCAUCAUCGAGCCUGCUGCCGUCAAGACCAACUUUGAGGGCCAUAGCAAAGCUCACACUGCGCCGCAUCCAGCCUACGCAGCCCCUGACAUGCCGCCUCGUGUUCUUGAGAAGUAUGUCAAUGCGGGUCUCAAGAUGGGUGCCGGCGCUGAGCCUUCCGCGGUCGCUGAGGCUAUUUACGACAUUGCGAACCGUGGAGACAAGAUCCCGCUCCGCGUUCCUUUGACGGCCAACGCAUGGAAGAUGAUCAAGGCAAAAUUCGAGAGUUUCUUACCGGAGCUGGAGGCCGUGAAGGAUAUUAGUGCUAUGGGUCAGCAGAUUUGA